AUGCAUAGAUCUGGAGCUGUUAUGGCUUGGAAUGUGUUCAAGUUUUGUACGGCCUUAAGGGGUUUAGGCUCGAUCAUGAUCUUGUUGGUGCUUGGCGUUGUUGGUGUCACAUAUUACGCCGUUGUUUUGAAUAAUUAUGGCCCUGCUAUGUAUGAUGGUGGCAUUGAUUCUUUCAUUUCUUUUUCUGUCUUGAUCCCAUUCCAUUCUUUGUUAGUUAUGCUACUAUGGAGUUACUUUUCUGUCCCUCACCAAUCAAAUCAAAGAAUCCGUUAUUGCCGGAAGUGCAACCAGCUGAAACCACCUCGUUGCCACCAUUGUUCUGUUUGUGGGAGGUGUGUACUAAAGAUGGACCAUCAUUGCGUAUGGGUUGUAAAUUGUGUUGGGGCCUUAAAUUAUAAGUACUUUCUUCUAUUUUUGUUCUACACAUUUCUUGAGACAAGCCUUGUAACUUUAUCUCUUCUACCACACUUUAUAGCAUUCUUUAGUGAUGGAGAAAUUCCUGGGACUCCAGGCACCCUUGCAACCACAUUUCUUGCCUUUGUCUUAAAUCUGGCGUUUGCAUUGAGUGUUAUGGGAUUUCUGAUCAUGCACAUAUCUCUGGUGUCUGCUAAUACCACAACUAUUGAGGCAUAUGAGAAGAAGACCACCCCAAAAUGGCGCUAUGACCUCGGUCGAAAAAAGAACUUUGAGCAGGUGUUUGGGGUAGAUAAGCGAUACUGGUUCAUUCCAACUUAUUCAGACGAAGAUAUACGGCGAAUGCCUGCACUUCAGGGUCUUGAAUAUCCAUCAAAACCCGACUUUGAUUCCCAGGAAUUCUAG